AUGUCUUCCUCACCACUCUUAAAUCCAAGUCUGCCCAAUUCCUCCUCGUCGUCAGUCAACGUUUCUACUUCCGUACUGGAUAAGUAUAGAAAAAAAGACACAAAUAAAGGCACGUUAAACGAUAUAUUGAUCUGGAUUUUUGUGCAGAAUUUUUAUAAAAUAACCGCAUCUAACAAGUUCCAAGCUGUGAUUCAGUUUCUUAGAAAGGAACUUCAGUACAAAACUGAGGACCCGCUGUUCCUAUACGUCAACAGCGCGUUUUCGCCCGCUCCUGAUGAGAUAGUUGCUAAUCUACAUAAGGCUCUCCCGACAAAAAAGUUCAAACCGAAACUCGGCAAACCAUGUAAAUCAUGUAUAGUUCUUGGUUCGGGCGGACACACAAUGGAGAUGCUUCAACUUCUUAAAGGUCUAGACUAUGCUACCAAAUACAGACCACGACUAUAUAUAGUUUCUUCUAAUGAUACACUAAGCGUAAAAAAGGUACAAGAUUUGGAGACCGCAAAGGGUGGAGCGGAGGGUGAAGACUAUAGGAUUGUACGCAUUCCACGAGCGCGCCAUGUGGGAGAGUCUUGGCUUACAACGCCAUUUAGUGUUGCCAAGGCACUAAUUGCUUCCACGAAAGUUGUGUUAUGGGAAACUCCUGAUUUGAUCAUAUGCAAUGGCCCGGGCAUAUGUGUUCCCGUCUGUGUUAUUUCGUAUAUUCACAGAAUUUUAGGCAUCAAGCGUAUUUACUUGAUCUAUGUAGAAUCGUUUGCUAGAGUGAAAAGUCUAUCAUUAUCAGGAAGACUGCUGAUACGAUUCGUAGACACGUUUCUCGUUCAAUGGCCUUAUUUAGAAAGACAAUAUUCGCAAGCAGAGUAUAAGGGUGUGCUUGUGUGA